CUGCUCGGUACCCUCCGCCCCCCGGUCUGGGGCUCCGGGUAAAGUUUCAGCCUCCGCACGUGACUCGCCAUGGCCGCUGCUUUCGCCCCGCGCCCCUGAGCCGCGGCCCCCCAAACCGCUCCUCUCCCUGGACCCCGCAACCCCUGACGCCGAGCGGCUCCAAGACUCAGGGUCAGGGCAGACGCCGUGCUCGCGGGCGACCCGGACGGAUUGCUUCCCCCUACUGCGAGCAUCACAGGACAUGGCCUCCCCCGCCACCUAGCUGGGGCCCACCUAGGAGAGGGAUCCUUUCGGCGUCCUGAAGGCCAGCUCUGGACCUUCCUGGGAAAGUGCCAGCUCACAGAAGUGCUUGACCAAAGGACCGGCUCUUGGGACGUCCCCCAGCCCACCUGGCCCCCAACUGGAGUGGGGGCUCCAGGAGGCUGAGGUCAGCCUGCUAGCCUUGGACCGCAGCUCCAGGACAGAAGGGGGGGGUGGGCUGACCACCCAAACCCCCUCUGGGCCCAGGCCCCAUGACCCGAGGAGAGGCGGCCUGAAGCCUGCCAGAGCCUUUGGCCAGACUGUCUGCCUGCUCUUCUGACUGUGGCUGCUUGGCAUGGCCAGUAACAGCAGCUCUUGCCCGACACCUGGGGGCGGGCACCUCAGUGGAUACCCGGUGCCCCCCUACGCCUUCUUCUUCCCCCCCAUGCUGGGUGGACUCUCCCCACCAGGCGCCCUGACCACUCUCCAGCACCAGCUUCCAGUUAGCGGCUAUAGCACGCCAUCCCCAGCCACCAUUGAGACCCAGAGCAGCAGUUCCGAAGAGAUAGUGCCCAGCCCCCCCUCGCCACCCCCUCUCCCCCGCAUCUACAAGCCUUGCUUUGUCUGUCAAGACAAAUCCUCAGGCUACCACUAUGGGGUCAGCGCUUGUGAGGGCUGCAAGGGCUUCUUCCGCCGCAGCAUCCAGAAGAACAUGGUGUACACGUGUCAUCGGGACAAGAACUGCAUCAUCAAUAAGGUGACCCGGAACCGCUGCCAGUACUGCCGGCUGCAGAAGUGCUUCGAAGUGGGCAUGUCCAAGGAGUCCGUGAGGAACGACCGAAACAAGAAGAAGAAGGAGGCGCCCAAGCCCGAGUGCUCGGAGAGCUACACGCUGACGCCGGAGGUGGGGGAGCUCAUCGAGAAGGUGCGCAAAGCGCAUCAGGAGACCUUCCCCGCCCUCUGCCAGCUGGGCAAAUACACUACGAACAACAGCUCAGAACAGCGUGUCUCUCUGGACAUUGACCUCUGGGACAAGUUCAGUGAACUCUCCACCAAGUGCAUCAUUAAGACUGUGGAGUUCGCCAAGCAGCUGCCCGGCUUCACCACCCUCACCAUUGCGGACCAGAUCACCCUUCUCAAGGCUGCCUGCCUGGACAUCCUGAUCCUGCGGAUCUGCACGCGGUACACGCCCGAGCAGGACACAAUGACCUUCUCGGAUGGGCUGACCCUGAACCGGACCCAGAUGCACAAUGCCGGCUUCGGCCCUCUCACGGACCUGGUCUUCGCCUUCGCCAACCAGCUGCUGCCCCUGGAGAUGGAUGAUGCUGAGACUGGGCUGCUCAGUGCCAUCUGCCUCAUCUGUGGAGACCGGCAGGACCUGGAGCAGCCAGACAGGGUGGACAUGCUGCAGGAGCCGCUACUUGAGGCACUGAAGGUCUAUGUGCGGAAACGGAGGCCCAGCCGCCCACACAUGUUCCCCAAGAUGCUGAUGAAGAUCACAGACCUGCGAAGCAUCAGUGCUAAGGGGGCUGAGCGGGUGAUCACGCUGAAGAUGGAGAUCCCGGGCUCCAUGCCACCUCUCAUCCAGGAAAUGUUGGAGAACUCAGAGGGCCUGGACACUCUGAGCGGACAAGGGGGGGCCGGGGGGCGGGAUGGGGGCGGCCUGGCUCCCCCGCCCGGCAGCUGCAGCCCCAGCCUCAGCCCCAGCUCAAACAGAAGCAGCCCGGCCACGCACUCCCCGUGACUGCCCGUGCCCUGUGGACACAGCCCUUGCCCCGUGCCCUGGCUUUUCUCUGCCUUUCUACCAACCAUGCGAUCCUUGCCAGCCCUGCC